AUGUCACCCAAUAACAGAGUUCAGGACUCGGUGCAGGCUUCAUCUCUGUCUGAUCCCGAAGCAUUCUGGGAUAAACAUGCCAAAGAAUUAUACUGGCACAAGCCAUAUAGCUCUGCCCUCCGACAGACUACAAAGAAACUACAAGAUGGCACCACACAUCCUCACUGGUCCUGGUUUCCCGAUGGUGAGAUCAGUACAACAUACAACUGUCUAGAUCGUCAUGUGAAAGCUGGCAAUGGAGACAAGAUCGCCAUGAUCUGGGACAGCCCGGUGACCGGAUCAAAAGCGAAGUUCACCUACAACCAGAUGUUGGAUGAGGUGGAAUUACUUGCCGGGGUCCUGAGAGAUCAAGGCGUCAAGAAAGGGGAUGUCGUGUUGAUAUAUAUGCCCAUGAUCCCCGCUGCAAUAUUUGGCAUGCUAGCAACAGUCCGACUCGGUGCUAUGCAUGCAGUGGUCUUUGGAGGAUUCGCCGCAAACAGUCUAGCUCAACGCAUAGAAGAUGCGAAACCCAAAGUUAUUUUGACUGCUAGCUGCGCGAUUGAGGGCGCAAAAGGGCCUUUGGCUUACCAACCCUUCGUCGAAGGAGCAAUCAAGCAGAGCAGCUGGAAGCCCAACAAGACGAUUAUUUGGCAACGGGAUAACAAGAGGUGGAAUCCCGUCAACAAGGAUGCUGGCCAAAGUGAUUGGCAAGCUUUGAUCAAGAAUGCCCGUUCACGAAAUCUCAGGGCGGAGGCUGUCCCGGUCAAGAGUACUGACGGCCUUUAUAUCAUCUAUACGAGUGGCACGACUGGUCUACCCAAAGGUGUGCUUCGUGAAGCAGGUGGUCAUGCCGUCGGCUUGAAUUUGAGCGUCAAAUACUUGUUCGAUGUCAAAGGCCCGGGCGACGUCAUCUUCACUGGAAGCGACAUUGGUUGGGUGGUGGGACAUUCAUUUAUCGUGUACGCGCCCCUCCUUGCUGGAGCAACGACAAUCCUCUUCGAAGGCAAGCCCAUUGGUACCCCUGAUGCAGGUGUUUUUUGGCGCAUGGUGGAUGAACAUAAAGUCACGACGAUAUUCACUGCUCCUACUGCAUUGAGAGCUAUCAGGAAAGAGGAUCCUUCGGACAAAUUCUUCAAGGAGCAAGGCGACAAGGGCCGCUUAAAGCAUUUACGCGCUCUUUUCCUCGCUGGCGAGAGAUCUGAGCCUUCGAUCAUCACACAUUAUCAACAGUUACUGAGCAAAUAUGCAGCACCAGACGCUCGAGUCAUUGAUCAUUGGUGGUCAAGUGAAUCGGGCAGUCCAAUGACCGGUAUUGCUCUCCGUCCGGCCAUUGGCGAAAAACAGAGCAAUCGUGACGAACACAAGGCCUUGGCGAUCAAGCCUGGGAGUGCAGGCAAAGCUCUACCGGGGUUCGAUGUUCGCAUUGUAGAUGAUGAGGGUAAGGAGGUUGGAGAAGGUAAGAUGGGCAACAUUGUUCUCGCCACACCAUUUGCACCGACGGGCUUCACGACUUUGUUCAACGACGAUGCACGCUUUUACAAGGGUUACUUGAAGCGAUUUGACGGCAAAUGGUUGGAUACUGGGGAUGCAGGCAUGAUUGAUCAAGAUGGGUAUGUGCACGUUAUGAGUCGGAGUGACGAUAUUAUCAACGUCGCCGCACACCGCUUCAGUACAGGUGCCAUUGAACAAGCGAUUACAUCACACGACUCGGUGGCUGAAGCCUGUGUCGUCGGCAUCCCUGACGAGAUGAAAGGACAUCUACCUUUUGCGUUCGUCAUUCCUUCGACGACAUCCGACUCAAAUCUACCUGCCACCCCAUCCAGAGAAUUCUUCACGGGUAUCAACAACAUCGUUCGGACUCAGAUUGGCUCCAUCGCAUCACUCGGCGGUAUUGUCCAAGGCAAGGGAAUGAUUCCCAAGACUCGAAGUGGCAAAACGUUACGACGGGUCUUGCGAGAGCUAGUUGAGAACGCUGCCGAGGGCCAAUUCGACAAGGAAGUCAACGUGCCGGCAACAGUGGAGGACCGCGAGGUUGUGGAGGUUGCCAGACAGCGAGUUAAGGAAUGGUUCGAGGAGCGAAAAAAACAAACUGGCAAAGCCAAAUUGUGA